AUGAAUCCGCACGAUGUCGUUAUUGUCGUAGCUCGCCAUGGCGAGCGUACAGACUACAUAAUGCGCGAUGCGGGGGAAAAUUGGGUACGGACGGCGGCUCGUCCUUGGGAUACACCGUUAUCGGCACACGGUCACACGCAAGGAACAAAGCUUGGCGAGCAGAUAGCGAGCGAGCUGCAACGGCUAGAGUUGCCGGCUCUGACGCAGGUUUAUUCUUCUCCACUGUUGCGAUGUCGACAGACGGCCGUGGCUGCUGCGCGGGCGUUUCGGGAAGCAACACGCAGGUCGGAAGAUUCGACCAAUCUCUCGCCAGCCGUUCUUUCUUCUCCGCUCGUGCGGAUCGAAUACGGUCUUUCCGAAAGUAUCAACGAAAGCUGGUAUCGCUCUUGGUCAUUGCCAGAAUCAGACGGAACUUGGGGACUCCGACCGAAAGGCCAAUCGAGCCCGAUUCCAGAGACUCUCCACCCAGCCAGUCGUGCACCGGUUCAAGCCCUUUUGGAUUGGAAGACGACUCUCGCCACCCAGAACGACAUGGAUCCCGAAAUGGAUACCAAAUACGCUUCACGAACACGCCUGGAUACUCCGUAUACUUUUCAUCCUCCCUACAUGGAAGCCCGGACGGAUCAGCGAGAACGAAUGCGUAAAGCGGUCGAAGAGUUGUCGGUGGCGGGCCAAACGAUUUUACUCGUCUCUCACGGGGGACCCGUAACACACCUUUACGAAGAGCUUACUGGCAACGAUUGGAAUCAUUUAUCGCCAGCCAGCUGGAACGAACAAGUGGGAGGCGCUGGUGAUCAACCAGUCUGA